CAACACAAAGUGUGCGAUCUACAUUGAAUUUUUAAACUGACAUUGAAUACAGCAUGGUCCUAGAUGGCUCUCGUGAUAAAAUAUGCCAAAGUUAUCAGAAAUAACUGGAAGAAAUCAGUUGUUGCUGUUGGAGCUGCAAUAUAUGGUGUGAAAUAUGUAAAGGGAAAAUACGAUGAGGAGUGGAUACGGAGAGAGUUUUGUGCUGAAGCCUUGAAAUAUGGUAAUGUAAGGAUUGGCCUGAAAGAAAGACCAAGAAAGAUCACUGUAUUCCUGAAUCCUGCAGCAUCAGGCGGAGGUGCUUUGAAGGUGUUUGAGAAGAAUGCAGCCCCUAUACUACAUUCUGCAGGGCUGGAUGUCAAUAUUGUUAAGGUCGAAUAUGAAGGACAGGUGAAAAAGUUCCUGUCUAUCAUGGAGAAGUCUGACACAGAUGGCAUAUUGGUCGCUGGUGGUGAUGGAACACUGCUUGAGACCGUUACUGGGAUCAUGAGGAAGGAAGAUAAGACAUUCAGACAAAACAUUCCGGUAGGAGUUAUCCCCCUUGGUCUGAAAAACCGUUUUGCAAAGCUGCUGUUUGGCGGAGAUAAAGACCAAGUACUAUUGAUGUGUGAGGGAGCGAUGUCUGUAGUGCGUGGUUUGGGCAGAAGUGUAGAUGUCAUCAGCCUGAAGGAGGAUAAUGGGCGAACAGCUUACGCAUUGUGUGGACUUGAAACAGGUGCUUUCUGGGAGGCAGAACACCGCAAAUCAAAAUAUUGGUACCUGAGUGUGCUGAAACACCGAAUGACUUACAUACGAUCAGCCUUCUCAGACUGGCCUCCAGCCGUCAAGGCUAAAGUGUCCUAUGUCCUAGCUACAGAGGAGAAUACACAGCUCAAACAGCAGACAGAACAGCCAAAGCAAGAACCAAAGGGGAGUUGGCUGUCAAUGCUGUUCAAACCCAAGGUCAUCAAACCUAAAGCUGAAGUUAUUGAAGAAGAGACAGAUGAUGAAAACGAUGUGUUAGAGACCAGGGAUUUAUCCACAGUUGAACUAACUGCUGUGUCAACCUGCCUACAAGACCCAACACAGACUGUGAAGGGACUAGAAGUAGGAAUUGGACCUGCUGACCCAUCUGUUUGGGAAUUCAUCACAGAAGGGUGGCGCCGUGUUAGUGAACCUUCUCUGAGACUUGGCGCAAAAACAAACGAGACCAUGCUUGUUAAGAAAAUUCGCAUAGAGCCAGAGGAUCCAACAAAAUUCUACAGCAUCGAUGGUGAGCUGUUUGAAUCUGUGCCAGUGACAAUAGAAUUACUACGGAAACGAAUAAAAUUCUUUUGUGUGGAUCCAGAGUUCAAAUUAAGUUGAUGCCUAUUUCAGUGUUAGCUAAUGAAGUAUUACAGUUAUUACACAGAUUUAUAUCAAAUCAUCUUUUUGAGUGGAAGAAGCCAGGCAUCAGUUUGAAGUGACAUUAUUAUGGUGUAUGUUUUGUAUAUGGAUGUAUAUAUGACCACCAUGUAUCAUUACAUUAUAGUUCUUUGUGCAACUGUAAAUGUUGUGUGGUUACACAUUUUUAACAUGUAAAUCCAGUUGAUUUCUGUUCUUGAGAGGAAAAAUGACUGGAUUAAGAAUUUGUGAAUUGAUUAGCAGGACUGGAUACCUUGUGUAAAGAUAAAUAACAGCUUAGUACAUGUAUUUAAAUAUAAGUGAAAUGAAUAAAACACUUUCAAAAUGAA